AUGGGGUCUUUGGAAGCUGCACCUAGGCACAGAGACCCUUUACCCGCCAUAGGUUUUCUAGGGAAAGACGGAUCGGGAUAUACCUCCAGACACCCUUCUAGUGUUACCUCCUCUCCAACCCCUCUGAUGAGUCCUAACGUCAUGUACGGACAACCCCUACCUUACUCCUACGCGUCGAAUGCGCCACCAGGGUACAUCUCGUCGCCGGAGGCACGUCGCGCCAUUGAAGAUGAGAAGGAAAAACACACCCCAAGACAAUCCCUGCCAUCAAUCCACGAGGCCCUCGGCAAUGAUCCUCUCCCAUACCCUGCAUCCACCUCCGCUCCUCAACAACAACCCACACACCCUGCGCCUUCGCAUCUCACCGGGCGACCGAGCGCAGAAGGUCCAGUUGGACCACCUAAUCCUUUCUCGAAUGGACAUCCGACGGGACCUUUGAUGCGGGACUCUUUCCCUCAUCAAGCUCAGUUGCAAGAUACAUCGCGCUCCAGCCUCGCCUCCAUCAACACACAGGAUUCGCGCAACCCUUCACUACACUCCAUCAGCACGGGCAAGUCCCCUACACAGAGCUCCAAAACAGGAAUCACUUCAAUUGGAUCGCAAAAUUCAUCCGGGUACGAGUACAGUGCGCCAACCUCCGCCGGUAGCGUGACUUCGCCUACUGGUUAUGGUCAUUUCCCUCCAAAUUACUCCUUUCAAUCUCAGUCCAGUCACUCAUACCCUCCUACUCCCUACGACAAUCGUCCCUACAUGGGCGCACCGCGCGUGGAAGAAGUCAAGGGUGCAUUUGUGGGUCGACCAGGUCCUCCCCAUAAUGACUCUGUCAAGCGGCAUCUGGAUGUCUAUGAUGUGGAGACAUCUUUGAAUGAGAUCGCCGAAUUGAGUACGCGAACCCUAGACUUUUCACGGCACUACGCGGCUCGCGCACAUCAGACACAACGGUCUGGCCCGAUAUUAGGGUCUCUCCCUUCGCUAAAUGAAGUGGAGGACAUGCUUCACAUGCAACGGCGGAACCAAGAUGCUCUGAUUCGGAUACGUACAGCCGUGGUGAACCAAGAACAUGCUCUGGCCGAACAGAUGGCUCAGCGAAAGGCGUUCAAGACCGAAGAUGAACACAUGGCGAUGUACCAAGAAGAGUUCAAAGGAACGGGCGGAUUUGCAGGCGCAGACCCAAAGAAACGACGUGGAAAAGCGGCCCCUCCUGGUCGUUGCCACAGCUGUAAUCGAGCCGAGACACCAGAAUGGCGCCGGGGCCCCGAUGGUGCGCGGACUCUCUGUAACGCCUGUGGGUUACAUUACGCCAAGUUGACUCGCAAGAUGGGCGCCCACAAAGCGGCAAGUUUGGGUUCAAAUCUGAAGCCCAAAUCGGUUCUUGACUCCGCCUCACCAACCAGUCAUUAA